AUGACCCAGCCCAACGCAAAAGCCAAGACCGGGUGCAUAACGUGCAAGAAGCGACACGUCAAGUGCGACGAGACGAAGCCGUACUGCCGCAAAUGCCUCGCCCUCCGAGGGCACUGCGAAGGCUAUGCCCCGCCAAAGAUCCCCAAGCAGCGCGGUCGCGUUGCCGCUGUGGCCAGGACGGCAAAUAUGCUGCAUCAGACCCUUCUGGAUCCCGAUCUCCUCGACUUUCAUGAUGCCACAGGAUUGAACUAUUUCAACGAGUUUGUCAAGCUGUCGCAGGCCCCAUGGAAUGUCGCGGCAUCCAGCGGGGAUCUCUGGAGUGUUUUGCUGCCACAGCUCGCUCGCGCCAACGACACGCUUCGCCAUGCUGCCAUGGCCAUCGGCGCGGUGAGUCUGGGAGAUCGAGAUUUGCAUUCGAGCGAACACCGUAAGACUCCAGCGGGUCCGGGGCCCCCGAAUUACAGCCCUCGUGAACUUCACGCUACUACGUACCUCUGCCACGCGCUGAAGCUCCAAAGCCGCAGCAGCUCGGUGCAGGACACCAUCUUCCUGUCCGUCAUGCUUCUCUACUUUGAGACUCUCCGGGGUAACAUCAAGGCUGCCUUGGACCAUGUCAACCAUGGCCUCGCGCUCCUUCUCACACUCACCACGAGCCAAGAAGCGAAUGCUCACAUAAGAAGCCUGGCCCCCAAUCCAGGUCCUUUGCUGGGUGCCGUGACCAAUGUCUUUUUCGUCCUCGCUGCUCAGGCGCGGCACAUUCUCACCGGUCGCGUCGGCGACUGCAGGCCACUGCCACACUUUGCGAAAGGCCUCCGUAAUGCGUCUCGCUCCAUGGAGUCGUUCAUGCACCUCCUCUGCCAGCUGUGGCAGCCUACCGUCAUGAACGACGUGCCCGAACUGUUUGGCACCCUCGACGAAUACGAGCAUCACUGGAACUAUCUCCGCCGGGCUCAGUCCGCCAUCGGGCCCCUCAUGCAUGACUUGGUGUUAUCCUCCGGUGUCAUCGGCUGCUCCGACGCAGCCGCGAUCAACACGUCCAUCCACCACAUCCUAGGCCAUCCACAAGUCCUCGCCUUCUAUGCCGACAAUAGGCAAAAGAUGCAGACCCUAGAGAAAGCCUUCCUGCCCCUCUUCCACAGAAUCAUGCUGCAAUCCCGCGAUUCCAAAGACUACCUCCGCGCCCUGCACCUCCGCCUCCAGUACCUCGGCGCAACCCUCUUCGAGAACGCGCCGCAAUUCCUCAGCAUCGACGCGGUGCGGGCGCUGACGCCCCUGUUCCGCGAAUUCCUCACCACCGCCUCGGCCGCGCUGCGCGCCGCCCGCCUGACGGCCGACAAGCCCGCGUACGGCACGUCCCUGCAGUGCGGGCUGUCCAUGUGGCUUUUCGGCACGGCGCUCUUCUGCCGCGACGCCGUGGUCCGAGACGAAGCCGUCGUCAUGCUGGGUGAGUAUCCCGGCCAGGACGGGCUCUGGAGCACGCGUGCGCUGCAUGUGCUCGCCGUGCGGAACCGAGACGUGGAGAAGGCGAAUGCGGUCGAAGGGAGCGACACGGAGCAGUGGGCGCGACUGUGGCGGCGGGAGUACGCCCUGGAAGAGGGCGGGGCCGAAGUCAUCUUCCGGUACAUGAAACGUGAUGAGCAUGCGGCGGGUUGGGCCAUGGUAGAAGAGGGAGCAGUCGUGCCCGCUGUCGGGAAAGCGGCGUGGGUGAAGAGGCGGCCGAGGAGCGAGAAGCUGCUCAUGGAAGACCUCAUGCUGUCGACCUAG